AUGGAGGAGAGCUCCAGCUGCGAGAGCCUCGGCGCUGGGCGGGCGGCGGCGGCGCGGCCGCCCAGCGGCGACUCCCUCUCCAGUGCUUCCACUUCUCAAUCGGACCAUUCUACUCACACCAAAUCUGUGUCUGCUAUAUCAUCUGACUCGGUCUCCACCUCAGCAGACAACUUCUCUCCAGAUUUAAGGGUCCUGAGGGAGACUAAUAAAUUGGCUGAAAUGGAAGAGCCACCUUUGCUGCCGGGGGAAACCAUUAAAGACAUGGCUAAGGAUGUUACUUACAUCUGCCCCUUCACUGGAGCAAUCAGAGGAACACUUACUGUUACCAAUUAUAGACUGUACUUUAAAAGCAUGGAACGGGACCCUCCUUUUGUCCUAGAUGCAUCUUUAGGUGUAAUCAACAGAGUGGAGAAAAUUGGAGGUGCUUCCAGUCGUGGUGAGAAUUCGUAUGGGCUGGAGAUUGUAUGCAAGGAUAUCCGAAACUUGCGAUUUGCCCAUAAGCCAGAAGGGAGGACUAGACGAUCCAUAUUUGAGAACCUAAUGAAAUAUGCUUUCCCAGUUUCAAAUAAUUUGCCACUUUUUGCAUUUGAGUACAAAGAGGUUUUCCCAGAAAAUGGAUGGAAGGUGUAUGACCCCACUUGGGAGUACAGAAGACAGGGAAUUCCCAAUGAAAGCUGGAGGCUGACCAAGAUUAAUGAGCGCUAUGAGCUGUGUGAUACAUACCCUGCCAUUUUAGCUGUGCCUGUAAGCAUUCCUGAUGAAGAAUUAAAGAAAGUAGCAUCUUUCAGAUCAAGAGGACGCAUACCAGUGUUGUCAUGGAUUCACCCAGAAAGUCAAGCAACGAUCACUCGCUGUAGUCAGCCAAUGGUGGGAGUGAGUGGCAAGCGAAGUAAGGAAGAUGAAAAGUACCUUCAAGCCAUCAUGGAUUCUAAUGCUCAGUCCCAUAAAAUCUUUAUAUUUGAUGCAAGGCCUAGUGUGAAUGCUGUAGCAAAUAAGGCUAAAGGAGGGGGCUAUGAGAGCGAGGAUGCCUACCAAAAUGCAGAACUGGUGUUCCUGGACAUUCACAACAUUCAUGUCAUGAGAGAGUCACUGAGAAAACUGAAGGAAAUUGUGUAUCCGAAUAUCGAGGAAACUCACUGGCUGUCUAACUUGGAGUCAACUCACUGGCUAGAGCAUAUCAAGCUCAUUCUCGCUGGAGCCCUUCGGAUCGCUGACAAGGUGGAGUCGGGGAAGACAUCUGUGGUUGUACACUGCAGUGACGGCUGGGACCGGACAGCCCAGCUCACCUCUCUCUCUCUGCUCAUGUUAGACGGCUACUACCGAACAAUCAGGGGCUUUGAAGUGCUAGUGGAGAAGGAGUGGCUGAGCUUUGGCCACAGAUUUCAGCUGAGAGUUGGCCACGGAGACAAGAAUCACGCAGAUGCAGAUCGCUCUCCUGUCUUCCUCCAGUUCAUUGACUGUGUCUGGCAAAUGACAAGACAGUUCCCUACAGCAUUUGAGUUCAAUGAGUACUUUUUGAUAACCAUCCUGGAUCACCUGUAUAGCUGUUUGUUUGGGACCUUCCUGUGCAGCAGUGAGCAGCAGAGAGUGAAGGAGAGCCUUCCAAAAAAGACUGUAUCGCUUUGGUCUUACAUCAACAGCCAGCUGGAGGACUUCACUAACCCCUUGUAUGUCAGCUACUCCAACCACGUCCUGUAUCCCGUGGCCAGCAUGCGCCACCUCGAGCUGUGGAUUGGCUACUACAUCCGCUGGAACCCCAGGAUGAAACCACAGGAACCUGUGCACAAUCGCUACAAGGAGCUUCUCGCUAAGCGUGCUGAGCUGCAGAAGAAAGUGGAGGAACUGCAGAGAGAGAUCACCAACCGUUCCACCUCCUCCUCAGAGAGAGCUGGCUCUCCUGCACAGUGUGUCGCUCCUGUACAGACAGUUGUGUAA